AUGCCUCGUCAAAUUUUAGCGCCCUUCCACAGCUCGUCCUCCCGAUACGCGCAAUCACCCACGGCCGAUGCCGUGAUGGAAAAUCUCAAUGAGCUCUACGCCACCGCGAAAGACGAGUUCGAAAUUGCGGCCGAAGAGACGGAAAAGAAGACGGUCUAUGCGGCCGAUGACAGAGAGGCGGCAGCGGACGCACUGAAGAUGCUGCAGGAGGCUUUCCAAAAGGCGCUGAAGGAGACGAGCCCAGAGGUCAGCAAGGAGAUUCAGAGUCGGGUCGGACCGAGGAUACGAGAACUGGAGAACGCGGUCAAGGCAAUGGAAGAGAUGGCCAUGGAGGAUUAA